GAAAACAUUAACCUCGGCUGAGACCCUUCAAGAGCUAAUAUAAUAAUAUCGUGUGUGUGAGUAAGAUAAUUGCGUAAUACACGUGGUAGCUGCGCAAACAUAUUACCUGGCGAUACUUUAGUAUCGAAUAAAUGAUUCGUCAUAAGAUUUGAAUUUAUACGCGUGUGGUAUUACAUGUUUUAGCCAAGUACUGCUUAGGGAUAAACAGCCAAACGACAGACGUUAAAACAAGGGCAAACCAAAGCAUAUAUACUUAGUAUAUAUGUAAACACUGCACGAGUAAAUGUCAAAUAAAAGCGUAUAGCAACUACUAAACCAACAUUAUGUUAAACAGAUAGACCCAGCAACAUGGAACAGCAGCAGUUGCAAAUGAGUGUUUUAAAAGCUGUUGACAAAGUUUCUCUUACCUGUGCUCAGAAGACAAACGUUAUCGGCCAUACUGGGUUGCUGGUCCUUAUAGAUGGCGUGCUUAGGUACAGUAUCGAUUUUGGAGUGAGUGACGCCUUGAUCCCAUGCGCAGUGUCGAGCUCAACAUGUAAGGGGACAGUCGGAAUACACCCUUAUGAUCAGAAAAUGUGGGGGGAGUGUCUAGGCAUCUUGUGGGAGAUGCCAUGCACCGGUGAAGAGGAGAGGUUUUCGGCGUGGAAUAUUUUAAUGAAGUUGAUUAUGGCACCGUGGGCUGGAAGUUACAAUCUCGUGCGUUACAAUUGCCGUGAUUAUGUAAAGGGGGCGAUCAACUGGUUGAGAACAUAUGAUCCAAGCCACACCAAGGAUACGGAUCGUGCUGAAAGAUGGCUGGGCAACAUAAAUAAAGAAGAUACGGUAAAGGCGGUUGGAACCGCGGUGCUGACUGUGGGAGCAAUAGUUGCGGGGGCGUAUGCCUUGGGUAAAUUGUUUGCUGCUGCGAACGACGACGAGAAAUCAAGAGAGAAACAAUAAAAAAACUGUAUAAAUAGUUGUAAGAUAGCAAUUCUUUUCAAUUCAAAUGUUGCUAAUACACGAAUCAAAUAUAAAGAAAA